AUGAGUGUGCUUGGAACUCCGCCCAUGGUGGAGGCGCCGGAGGCUAUAGUGUACGACGACGAGCCUAGUUUUUCUUCUUUACAGGUGGCCUUUUUGGCCUUACAAGCUGUCACGCAGACAAUCAUUAUUUGUUUGAUCGGCUACUGGGCGGCCCGGAAGGGCAUUCUCACUAGAGCCGCCCAGAUCAACUUGUCCAGCCUCAAUGUAAUGGUGGCAACCCCAUGUCUGGUAUUCUCCAAAAUGGCUUCAAGCUUGAGUCUGUCUACCUUGGUAGAUGUAUCGGUAAUUCCGGUCCUUUUUGUCGUUAUGACGGGAGUGUCCUACUUGGCGGGCCGAGCAUGUUCGCGGUUCUUCAAAUUCACAGAGCGCGAGACGAAAUUCGUUAUUGCAAUGGCAGUGUUUGGCAACUCAAACUCUCUUCCUGUGUCUGUGACAAUCGCCCUGGCCAAUACUUUGCCCAUGCUGCGCUGGCCGGAUAUUCCCGGCGACAACUCUGAUAAGGUUGUUUCCAGGGGCAUUCUUUAUUUGUUGAUAUUCCAGCAGCUAGGCCAGAUGCUGCGAUGGUCGUGGGGCUACAAUAGUCUGCUUGCGGGGCAGGCAGACCCGAACGAGGAAUCACUCCCCACCGUGGUUGAUCCGUCCUCUGUACAGCCCAGUCAAAAAACACGAGUCUGGCGCACAUUUGUGAGUGAUUUGUAUCAGUUUAUGAAUCCUCCACUGUGGGCAAUGCUCGCAGCGGUUAUUGUUGCCAGUAUCCCGCCCGCAAAGUACGAAUUGUACGAAAAGGGCGGAUUUGUAGCCAACACCCUUGGCCUGGCCAUCACCCAGAUUGGCCGCACGGCUAUUCCCCUCAUUUUAUUGACAUUGGGUGCCAACUUGGCACCAACGAUAGACAAUGGACAUUUGCGCAAAGCACCCCGCCAUAACGAGAUGGUGUUUGCCUCGCUGUUCAGCCGCAUGGUUUUACCUGCCCUCGUCCUUCUACCCGGCAUAGCCCUGGCAGUCCGGUAUCUCGGCAUUUCGAUCAUGGACGAUCCCAUCUUCCUGGUCGCGAUGUUUUUACUCACUGUUUCUCCCCCUGCCAUUCAGCUCUCCCAGAUCUGCCAAUUGAACCAUGUCUACGAGCUGGAAAUGGCCAGCAUCUUGUUCUGGGGCUAUUCUAUUCUCACACUACCUUUCACUAUUUUCAUUGUUGUUGGCUCGCUACGUGUACUUGGUUGGGCCGGCGUGUUGGACUAA